UCUAUAUUUAUUAUCUUUUCUUCAAAACCCCUUAAUACAUUUUCAAUAGGUACAUUCUUUGAGGAACAAACAGAAUGUACCUAUAAUUUCCUUUGGAAUUUUUCAUUGCCUUUUGAGAAACAGGGGAUUCUGCAUUUAUUCAUUGAAAAACAAAUGGAGGACUUUAGUGUUGAAUGUUUGGAUGAAUUUGAAAUAGAGUGGGAAUAUGAAUUCGACGCUGCUUUGUUCUAUGAUUUCUGUAGGCCAGAGUCACCUUAUGAGGCUGAAGAAGCCCAACGCUGGUUUGAAACUUGGGGCAACUAUCCGCCUUCUCCUCUCAUUGGAAAGUUAAACUUAGACCUGGGGAAGGACACCACAGCAAAAUAUUCACGUGGUCCCUCUAGGUUACGAGAAGAGCAAUCCGCAAAAUCAAGCAGCAAUUCCUCCAAUAUUUACAUAGGUUCUGCAGUUUCACCUUAUAAACCGAAAACUGGAGAAACAUUAUCCAUUGGUCGAAUGGCUAAGGAAAGUCCAAAAGUUAUGUUAAAGUCAGAGCCCAGAUCUUCGAAUGCCAGAGUUUCAACUUUAAUGAAGCCCACUGCUAGUCAUUUGGCUAAACUAAGGUCCCUGAAGCCACCUAGCAAGACCGAUGAGAGAAGUUCAUGGAACUCUUCAGUAUCUUAUAAUGCAGCUCCUAAAAGACAAAAGCUAGAAAGUGGCUAUUUGCGAAAGGUCACUGUUCCUAGAGAUCCCCAACUAGAAACCAUGCAGAGGGCACAAAGACGAAGUUUCAGGUCCAAGAAUGAUUCAGAGUCAAGUGACCAUACAAAAGACAAAGGCCACCCUUCAAAAUCACAGCCUUUGAACACAAAAUUGUCAAAAAGCCAAAAUGCUGAGUCUGCUGCACAUAGCACUUCUGUGGCCUUUAAAAGACCAAGCACUCAAAAUGCUGCAAAGCAAGGUAAUUCUGUGACAUUGCUCAAAUCAAAAGCUUUAAGAUGUAAUAAGAUUUUCCCUAGUGAAGAUACUAGAAUAUGUGAAAACAUUAGAGAAAGAACUACAAUCUCAAUGGAUUCUAAAUCUACAGUUGAUAAGAAGCUUCCAGUGCAUCCACCAGUACAACUGUUUAAUAAGUUGUCCCUUAGAUCUGAAAGAGAAACAUGAAAGGUGCGUUAGAUGAUUUUUAAAGAAGAAUCUAUUCUUGUACCUGUUGCCAUCUGUUCAGAAAUGCAUGCGGAAGCCAAAUGAGUGUGGGCCAAAAGGGGCACACCAUGAAUUGGAUGCCAGUCCAGCAUGAACAGGUACCCCUUUCUUCAAUCUCAUGUAUAAGAAAACAGAAAGAGAUAGUAAGAAAUGAUAUUAAUUGCCGAUAUCUGUUUGUAUAUUUACCAUCAGCCACCUCCUCAUCAAGAUUAAGCUUUACAGCUAAAACUUCUUUUAUUGUCUUGAGGAUUAACCAAUAGACUAUUGAAAAUAGUCAUUGUAUGCCUAUCGUAUUGCUUACCUGAUCUACUUUUUAACCUUUGUACUGUAUCUCUCAGGAACUUGGAAUACUAUAAGAAUCUAUGAUCAAGAAGUUCAUUUCUAAGGUCCAUCUGGCUAUUGUUAGGGGAAGUUGUAUUUCUUCAAGUUGGUUUGAAGUAGAAAAUAUAAAGAACUUCUAAGUUUAGAGUAACCUAGUUUGCUGGAUAUUGGAACGAGACGAGUCUGAAUGGAGCGAAAUGUAUAGUGAUGAUUCGUAGUCGACUCCAACUAACUUGGGAUCGAGGCUUAUUUAGUUGUUGCAGUUGUCUUUGCUGCUUGAUCAGUCAAACACGUCAGUUGAUUAUGGAAAGGCAGUUUUUUGAAACAUACUUAAUAAAAUACUUAAUAAAGUGUAAAAUGUAUGGUUAUCCAUACAAUUCAUUUCAUAAAAUCAUUCAAAAAUGUGAAAACAAAAGAAUUAUAUGUACUACCUUAGAUCAUAAAAAGUAUAGCAAGUAUUACAACAAACAUCUUAAGAGGGGUCUAUGAAU